AUGGACGGAACUCUUGGCGCCAAACCAUGUGCCCCAACAUUACAGUCUAUGGCCCCAACUCUGCAGCUCUUCAACUGCACACGCUCGGACUGUGGCGCCACAUUCACCCGCCAAUGGAGACUGACCGAGCACCUCACAGUCCACACAGGCCUGUGUCUGUACAUUUGUGCAGAGGCGGAGUGUGGGCGUCGCUUCAGACGGAAAUCUCACCUGUGUCGCCACAUGCUCCAGCACAAAGGUGUCAAACAAUUCAACUGCAAAUUUGCAAACUGCCCAAAGACUUUCUUCAACGCAGGGCGACUCAAAAGACACAUCCGCUUCGUUCAUGGAGACAAAAAUAAAUACUUUAUGUGCACUCAGCCCAAAUGCCCUCUGACUUUCAAGAAACGACGACUCUAUAAACUUCAUCUGAAAACCCACAAUAUAGCAGCAAAGUUCUGUUGUUCAAAGGACGGCUGUGCUGCCACUUUCGACUCCCACAUCGCACGUAAAGCCCAUGAGAAGACUCAUGCAGGCUACCGCUGCUCUCGUGCCGACUGCCAGGUCAUUGAACGCACCUGGGGACGGCUACAAAAGCACAUUGGGUCAAAACACCCAGCCACCUUCACCUGCAAAGAGUGCAAUAAAGAGUUCAAAAAGUCUGACGGCCUGCGCAGACACAAGCCUCUGCAUGCCUCCCAUAAACCUGUGCUGGUGUGUCCACGACAGGACUGCAAACUCUACUUCUCCACCACCUUCAACCUGCAGCAUCACAUCCGCAAAGUGCAUCUCAAGUUGGAAAAGUACCAUUGCUCCUUCCCUGAAUGCACACGCACCUUCGCCAUGCGGGAGAGCAUGAACAGGCAUUUGCGGCGUCAUGAUCCAAACUGCACUUCAACAAAGAGACGACAUCGUUCAAAGAAGUCUUGGCAGAGGCGGUUGGACGGACACCGCAUGCCGCUGGUGGAGGAGAAUCUGCGUCUCCUGUUUGAUGUGAGGAUGAGGAUUUCCCGACGGACCAAAGUGGAGGCAGAUCUCUCCGGUCUUUUCAACGAGCGCAAAAUCCCACACUACGUCGACCCCGAGGUGAAUCUACGAGAGCUGUUCUCCAUCCGGGAGCUGAAGCACAAACCGGCCGUCGCGCCAAUAUAA